GUGCUGAAGAAACUGUAUCCUGAGGUUCCACGUGGCCAAGAGAAGAGGGCCCCAGUGAGUCCAGCCUGCAGAAACCCACCUGAGAAAGAGGCUCCUGAGAGAGUGAAGGGCAGGAGCGCCCCCCCCAUGACAGGUGGUGACACUCGGGUCCAGCCUGCGCGACGGCCCUACACUGUGGGCCUGCCUCCUGAGGGGUGGGUCCCCCCUCCGCCGGAGGCCCCCAGCUGCUCGAGUCCCGAGAGCUCCUCCAGCGGCGAGGACGCAGGAGAUCAGGAUCUUCAUGCUCAACCAAAGAGAAGAAGAAUUAGAAAGCAUAAUUCAAAGAAAAAAUUUAAAAAUCCCAAUAACAUUCCCGUAGAACAAGCAGAAUUAGAGAAACAGCAGAGUAUUUUGCAAGAAAAAUUGCAGCCACGGCACACAGAUGGCCCCACAAUAAGCAAAAAUAAAAAAAGGAAACUGAAAAAGAAACAGCAAAUUAAAAGGAAGAAAGCAGCUGGCUUACUAACAGGAGCCUCUGGCGUCAACUUCAUGUACCAGCCUGAGGAGACCAGCAGUGAGCAGGACGACGUGAGAGUGAGUGAUGGAGAGGACGUCGCAGACGGGGAGGGAGGGGUCCCGGCUGCCGAGGAGGAAGGAGCCACGGACGCCGGGGAGGAAGGCGUUAAAAGUACCAACGAAAAGGCAGAUGCUAUCCUGAACUUUCUGAAGUCAACACAAGAAAUUUAUUUUUAUGAUGGUGUCUCCAAGGAUUCAGACUCGGCUGUCUUCAUGGAGACCAGUGGAGAGCUAUUUAAAUAUCUUGAAACUCACAGCAUGCCCGCCUCAGAUGUGUUCAUUCUGGAUCACAUGAAAACGCUGUUACUUUUGCAAGACACUGAAAGAUUGAAGAGUGCCCUGGAAGUGUUCCCAGAACAUUGCGGGAUGCCACCCGAGCUCCUCUUCCCCAUCACCAUCUGUGUCCUUAAGAGGUGUCCGUCCCACUAAGUAGAACCUUCUGGAAGCAGAUGAAACAGCAAGGAUGCCCUACUGGUUCUGGAGAUCUGCCAACUUGAGACU